UUGUUGCAUACAGUUUGAGUUAGUUGCGAUUUUAACGGCGGCUCGCGCGCAUUCACGGCGGUUCCUCGAAAUUUGGCAUUGAAGUACGUCGGCUCCUUAUACCUGCAUACAAUCUGUGCUUCUAAAACUGUAACAGUUACAUUUCCAUACAUAAUACAUGUGCUUGUGCCUUUGACUUAGUUGUAAUCUAAUGCAAUAAAGCCUUUAUCGGUUGGAUUUAUCAGAUCUUGUGAGAGCCCCAAAAUCAUUUCCCUUUGUCGUGAUAAGAAAAAGUUUAGAGCAAAGCAUAUUUUUAUCUGUAGCUCGUAAACAUUUUAUAUCCAUUCUUAUUUGCAGUCAAUUGUAACGACAUAAAGAAAAACUAACCAAAAUUAAAGUUCAAAGUUCCACAACAAUUUUUUAAACGAAAACGUGAAAACAAAAGCAAAAACCACGGGGGAAAUAAACAUAAACCACAAUUAUGAAAUGAGCAGCGCCACAAUAACGACAACAGAAAGACAACAAAAAUUUAUGAAGAGCAAUCAGAGUUCUAGAAAAAAUAUGAAUACCAAUAAUAAAUUUGGAAGACCUUGCAGAUUAACAGCGCCUUUGCUGUUAGCUUGCACGCUGCUGCUGUUAGAUUUCCCCAUAACAGAGGCCAAUAGCAUACAAACUGAAGGAGAUUCCCCAGGUAGCACAUAUUGUCAGUACCAGGAACGAAAUAACACCUACCGCAAGGAACAAGGAGCCGUUUGGUUUGAUGCACAGGACAAUUGCCUGGUUUACAGUUGCGCCGCAGGGGUCGGAAAUAAUUCACAGGCUCACAUUGUCGUCACACCGAUUGACUGCAGUGAAUUCUACUGCGAUGUGGGUACCGAACGGCGCAAAACACCCGGAAGCUGCUGUGGUGAGUGUGUUCGCACACAUUGUCAGCACAACAACACCCUGUAUGCGGUGGGAGAAUCGUGGCACAAUGAUGCGGACUGCACGCUCCUGGAGUGCAAUCGCUUGGACAAUGGAGAGAUUACAAUUGACAGCUACAAGCGCAACUGUCGCCCCAUUGAUCCUCAGUGUCCAUCCUGGCGCAUAGAUAGAAAUCGCUGUUGUCCAGUUUGUCGACCUUUGGCAUCGGCGAGAGUCGAGCAGUUGGACGAUUUGGAUGUUACCAAGGAUAUCUGGACAGCGGAAUGGUAUCGAAAGCAUCCAUGUGUGCGGGAUUGUCAAGUGGAUGCGCCUCCCAUGACUUGCCACUACACCUUUGUGGUCGAAUGGUAUCAGACCUUCUCGAAGGCCUGCUUUGACUGUCCCCUCAAUCUCACGGACUGCGCGAGGCCGCACUGCAUCCUUGGGGAUGGCCUGCAGCGCAGCAUUACCGUUGUGAAUCGCAUGAUGCCGGGUCCGGCAAUUGAGGUAUGCGAGGGUGACCAGAUUGUGGUUGAUGUCAAGAACAAUCUGUUGGGCGAGAGCACCACAAUUCACUGGCAUGGUCUGCACCAGAAGAAGACGCCCUAUAUGGACGGUGUUCCGCACAUUACUCAGUGUCCAAUUCCCCCACAUGCCACCUUCCGGUAUAGUUUCCCGGCGGAUAACUCCGGCACACAUUUCUGGCACUCUCACACGGGCAUGCAGCGUGGUGAUGGCGUCUUUGGCUCCAUGAUCAUACGACGACCGAAGAGCUCCGAUCCUCAUGGCGGACUUUACGAUUUCGAUCUUAGCGAGCAUGUUUUGGUUGUUCAGGAUUGGAUCCACGAGCCGGGUGCCAACAUUUUUGCCUUUCAUCAUCAUUCGAGCGGUGACAACAAGCCACACAAUAUACUUAUCAAUGGGCGUGGUCGGUAUUACAACCGCAUUUGGGCGGACAUGAAGAGACAGAAUCGUAUGGCAACACCAGCCACACCACCAACACCAGCCACACAACCCACUCCACCCACACCAUCAGCACUGAAAAAGACCCAACAUUCUGCCAGAAGCAAAGAAUCAUCGACGCAUCACGAGGAACAAGCUCAAGCUGCUAAUGCAACAACGCCAAUGCCGCCGCCAGGUGUGAUAAAGAUACAGUCAAGUGAUGCAAGACUGUCCGAGAUGCAGACCACAAAUACCGCCGGGUCAAUGUCCGACUCAGUUGUACACUCACGAAAGCGUCGAGCAAAUCUGCACACGAUUCCAUUGGAACAGAUACCACAUCAGGUGUAUCAUGUGAGAAGGGGCUUCAGGUAUCGUUUUCGCAUUGUGAAUGCAGAGUAUCUCAACUGUCCGAUUGUCGUAUCAGUUGAUAAUCAUACUUUGACGGCGAUUAACUCGGAUGGUUAUGAUAUCGAGGCAAUGGAAGUGGGAUCCAUUGUGACGUAUUCCGGAGAACGUUUUGACUUUGUGCUAAAUGCCAAUCAGGAAGUAAACAAUUAUUGGCUGCGACUCAAGGGAUUGAUGGAUUGCAGUGAGCGCUUUACAUCCGCCUUCCAGGUGGCCAUACUGCGCUAUGAAGGAGCUGCAGAUGUGGAGCCCAGUGCCCAACUUGGCUAUGAUCAUAAUGCAACAGGGAUUGAAUUGAAUGUGAUGAAUCGUGGACCUGGCUAUUCGGAUACCAAAACUGUGGCUGAAAUGAGAGCAUUGCCCAUUUACGACAAGGUAUCCGGCAUUGAUGAUGAUACUCUUAAGCCCGAGGCGGACUAUAAGUUCUUUGUGUACUACGAUUUCUAUCGCAAGGACAAUCCUGAAUUCCAUCACAGUGAUUUCUACAGCAUGGAUUCAAAUGUUACCCAGACAAAUCGACUGUAUACGCCACAAUUGAAUCACAUUUCUUUGAAGUUUCCCCCCAUGGCUCUGUUGCCCCAACGUAAUCAGUUCAGCGAUGAACUCUUCUGCAAUGAGACGACGCUGGCAGAACAGGGCAUCAAUUGCCGGGAUGAGUUCUGCAAGUGUUAUCAUGUACUUCAGGUACCACACAACGCCGUCGUCGAGCUGAUCAUUGUGGACGAAGGAUUCACUUUCUAUGCCAAUCAUCCGUUCCAUCUGCACGGCAAUGCUUUCCGGGUCGUGGGUCUUGAGCGUCUCGGCGAGAAUGUCACCAUUGAAAUGGUAAAGCAAUUGGAUCAGUUCAAUCUCCUCAAGCGCAACUUGGUUAAUCCUCCUGUCAAGGACACAGUCACUGUACCAGAUGGUGGCUAUACAAUCAUUCGCUUUGAGGCCUACAAUCCUGGAUAUUGGCUUUUCCACUGUCACAUCGAAUUCCAUGCGGAAAUCGGCAUGGCCCUUGUGCUUAAAGUGGGUGACAAUGAUCAAAUGGUACCGGUGCCUCGUAACUUUCCCACGUGUGGUGAUUAUGUGCCCGAUUCUCGAGCCGACGCUGAAACAUCUACAACAGCCACAAAUCCGGGAAGCUUGCCGACUUCACCAACACCCACAACAGGAGCAUCAUCCAGAACCCUUGGAUCGAGUUUACCUUUAAUGUGCCUUAUUAUAAUUUAUUUAUUGCUGUUUUGCAUGCGAUAAGCUCCAGUCUUAAUUCGAAUGCUAUCAUGACACUAGUUCAAAUUCCAGUCACUUUAAGUCUUCAAACUUCAGAUACUUUUACUUCUAAUUAUCUUAAGUGAGUGCCCUUUCUCUAAUUUCUUUUUAUAUCUGAAGACCUUACUUCGCACAAUAUUCAUUAAUUGAGUUAAGCCUAAGUGUAUUUUCUACAAGUAUUAACCCGAUCCUUAUCAUCCUUACAUGUGACUCCUUGUUAAACUAGUUUCAAUUUAACAUAAACAUCUGUGAUUGUCUAAAACAUUUCAGUAGCUUUUAAGCAGUGAACACGCAUGCUCAGCAUUGUUGUAAAUAAAUUAUGAAAUUAUUUAAUUUUAA